AUGUUCACCAUGGCCAGACCAGAGAACCGGCAGCUGGCUCUUUUUGAUCCGCAGGUGCUCGUGUACACAGCAAUCUGCUCCACAACUGUUCUAGGAGGAUACAAAUUCUACACCAACAAUCUGCGACGAAUCUCCAGAACUGCUGAAAUUCCGUUGAAAGCCUUCAGAAGACGAUUCUUGGUAGGAAAAGUCACAUCAGUUGGAGACGGCGAUAACUUUCAUUUCUACCACUUACCUGGAGGAGUUUUUGCUGGUUGGGGCUGGCUUAGAAAGUUGCCUCGAGUGAACAACUUCAGAGGGUUGAAGAACAAAACCCUUUCGGUGAGACUUUGUGGUGUUGAUGCUCCUGAAAGGGCACAUUUUGGGAAGCCAGCACAGCCCUUCAGCGAAGACUCGCUGAUAUGGCUGAAGAGCUACAUCUUGGGCAAGAAGGUCUAUGUGAAGCCUUUACAGGUGGACCAAUACGGGAGGGUAGUCGGAAAGGUGAAAAUAUUGAAGUGGAACGGGCUAAGAGACGUGAGCGAGGAGAUGAUCCGAUAUGGAAUAGGCGUGGUGUACGAGGGUGGAGCCAAAUUUGCGGAGUUUGAUGGUAAGGAGGCCAAGUACAAGAAGCUAGAGUCGAGAGCGAAAUCACGCAAACUUGGGUUAUGGGGAGUGAAGACGAAAAACUUUCUGACUCCGGGGGAAUAUAAGAGGAAGUACGCAUAA